AUGCGUUUCGACCGCCUACUACGUUUAUUCGCCACGACAUUCGUUCUUCUCGUUGCCAGAGCUGCCCACACACCAGAGGCCAGGACGAGUGAAACAGGAAUCUUCGCUGCGAACCCGCCCCUCGUCAGCGGUGGUCGACUUUUGCGGGUUAGUAGCGCGGCAAACGACGCAACUCCCAGCACGGAGAAGAGAGGCAUCCUUUCGUCCAUCAAAAUGUGGGUGAAGACCCAGUAUUGGUCUCUAAUCGAGAAAUCCGACGACUACGUCAAAGCCAAGUUGGGCCUAGCAGGAAUUGAAGACUCAGUGAUGAAGGCAAAACCCAACUACAAGUACUUGCAGAGGUUUCGGUACAAGGUCGAAGGAUGCAUGCUAGACAAAUGGCUGUAUGACAAAGGAUACUCGACACAGACGAUUACAACUUGGAGGGCAAAUCAACUCGCGACCAAUGGCUAUGCCAAAAAGUACGAUAACGCCAUCUACCGGGUACUACCACAAGAACAGCAUUUUCGAGCCACCGAUCCACUUUGA